CACUUUAAAUCGUGAGUGUUUCUUCUUAAUUCAACGAUUAGUGCUUUUUAUUCACUUAAGCCCUCCCACCUCAACGAUGAGUGUUCCUAACCAGCAGCUUGAUCGUUGGAUUAAGAAGGAACACUCACGAUUUAAAGUGCUCGUAUGAGUACGUUCGUCGGGUGAGCACGAGAUACGUAAUAGUUAGUAGAGAUGUGUACGAUCUGCUCUAGAGGUAACCAGCAGGAUUCCACGACCUCUGUUCGUACAGGAGUCCGGAAGAGCCCAGAACGUUCUAUCGUGCGCCUGCGAACGUGGGCCCAACACGUCAGACGGAAGAAUGAACAACAUCUCUGGCAACUCCUAGAACGUUCACGGCCACACCCCGCACCACGGCGGCCCGCCCCGCCGCCCCCGGCCCUCGUACCCGGUGAGAUAUAUCGCCGCCUUCCCUCGCGAAACCACUCGUGGAGACAACGACGACGAGUGACGACUACGACGCGAGAAGUCGAGGGGCAGCUUCGUGCUAGGACCGAGCUUCAGGAGGUCUCCAACGGCAACGGCCCCGCCCCGCGCCACCGCCCCCCGCAGGGACUGAUUGCUAUUAGAGAUCUAUUUGGUAGUGGUCAGCAGCUGAGGGUGAACCGAAGAUGAGCGUUGUGGGAUUCGACCUCGGCAAUGAGAGCUGCAUCGUGGCAGUCGCGCGGCAGCGCGGCAUCGACGUGGUCCUCAACGAGGAGUCCAAGCGCGAGACCCCAGCCAUCGUCUGCUUCGGGGACAAGCAGCGGUUUAUCGGUACGGCCGGUGCCGCGUCCUCAACCAUGAACCCCAGAAACUCCAUCUCUCAGAUCAAGCGCCUGCUCGGCCGCAAGUUCUCCGACCCGGAGGUGCAGAGCGAUAUCGCCUCCUUCCCGUUCCGUGUCACGGAGGGGCCCGAUGGAUUUCCCCUGGUCCAUGUACGGUUCCUGGGUGAGGAGCGGACGUUCACCCCCACUCAGCUGCUUGCCAUGGUGCUGUCCAAUCUGAAGAGCAUUGCCGAGGGGAACCUGAAGACUGCGGUUGUUGAUUGCUGCAUUGGCAUCCCUGUGUACUUCACUGAUUUGCAGCGCAGGGCUGUUCUUGAUGCUGCUACUAUUGCCGGCCUCCGGCCUUUGCGGCUAUUCCAUGAGACAACUGCCACGGCGUUGGCUUAUGGCAUUUAUAAGACUGACCUCCCAGAGCAUGACCAGCUAAACGUCGCGUUUGUUGAUGUUGGUCAUGCUAGCAUGCAGGUCAGCAUUGUCGGUUACAAGAAGGGACAGCUCAAGAUGCUUUCACAUGCAUAUGACCGUUCUCUUGGCGGCAGGGACUUCGAUGAGGUCCUCUUCAAGCACUUUGUGGCAAAGUUCAAAGAAGAGUACAAGCUUGACGUCUACCAGAAUGCCCGCGCAUGCCUUAGGUUGCGUGUGGCGUGUGAGAAGAUUAAGAAGGUGCUGAGUGCCAACCCAGAGGCUCCACUGAACAUUGAGUGCUUGAUGGAUGAGAAGGAUGUGAGAGGGUUUAUUAGAAGGGACGAGUUUGAACACAUCAGUGCACCUGUGCUGGAACGUGUCAAAGGACCCUUGGAGAAGGCCUUGACUGAAGCUGGCUUGACAACUGAAAAUGUGCACAUUGUUGAGGUUGUCGGAUCUGGUUCUCGUGUUCCGGCCAUAAUCAAGAUAAUCACUGAAUUUUUUGGGAAGGAGCCAAGGCGAACCAUGAAUGCAAGUGAGUGUGUUGCACGAGGAUGUGCUCUUCAGUGUGCUAUGCUCAGCCCCACUUUCAAAGUGCGGGAAUUCCAGGUUAAUGAUGGGUUUCCUUUCUCAGUUGCGUUGUCAUGGAAACAAGAAUCCCAGAACAGUGCACCCCAACAGACCCUUGUAUUCCCAAAGGGGAAUGCAAUUCCGAGCAUUAAAUCUCUAACGUUCUAUAAAUUGAGUACAUUUGAAGUUGAUGUUUUGUAUGUGGGUACAGGCGACUCGCAAAUUCCACAAAAGAUAAGCACUUACACGAUUGGCCCUUUCCAACCCUCCAAAUGUGAGAAGACCAAGCUGAAAGUUAAAGUGUGUCUCAGCAUCCAUGGCAUUGUCACAGUGGAUUCAGCAAUGAUGCUGGAGGAGGAUGUGGAAGUUCCAGUCUCAUCUGCUAAUGAAGCUCUAAAGGAUACUACAAAGAUGGACACGGAUGAUGCACCAAGUGAUCAUGUUUCUGGAACUGAUGCGAAUAUGCAUGAGCAUAGAAGUGCUGACACUACUGAGGCUCCUGCUGAAAAUGGAGCACAAGAUUCUGAGGAAAAAUCUGUUCCAAUGGAAACUGAUGCAAAGGUUGAGCCAUCGAAAAGGAAAAUUAAGAAAACUUCUGUUCCGAUCCAUGAGUUGGUCUACGGCGCAUUGUCUGCCACUGACCUGCAGAAGGCUGUAGAGAAAGAGUAUGAGAUGGCUCUGCAGGACAGAGUAAUGGAAGAGACCAAAGAAAAGAAAAAUGCUGUGGAAGCUUAUGUCUAUGACAUGCGUAACAAGCUGUACGACAAGUAUAACGAUUUUGUCACACCCGAGGAGAAGGAAGGGUUGAUUGCAAAGCUUCAGGAGGUUGAAGAUUGGCUGUAUGAAGAUGGUGAGGAUGAGACAAAGGGAGUAUAUAUUUCUAAACUGGAAGAGCUUAAAAAGAUUGGCGAUCCAAUUGAGGCACGGCACAAGGAGUGGACGGAAAGGGGUUCCUCUGUAGAUCAACUGGUGUAUUGUAUCAAUAGUUUCAGAGAGGCUGCAUCGUCCAGUGACCAGAAGUUUGACCAUAUCGACAUAUCUGAGAAACAGAAGGUCAUCAAUGAAUGCUCUGAAGCAGAGAACUGGUUAAGAGAGAGGAAACAGCAGCAGGAUGCCCUACCGAAGCAUGCUAAUCCUGUGCUGCUCGUAUCGGAUCUGAAGAAGAAAGCUGAAACACUUGACCGGUUCUGCAAACCGAUCAUGACAAAACCAAAGCCGGCUCCAAAGCCACAGACUCCGCCACCACAACCUGAAACCCAAGCAUCUGAGCCUCAAACACCAGAGCAACAACAAAGCCGGUCUGGCGGAACUGGUGAGCCGAGGAGUGAGGGAGGUGUGCAGCAGGCCUCCGGUGAGCAAAUGGACAUGGACAAUCCUGAAUCUGCUGAUGCUGCCGCAUAAGUUUGGUUGCCAUCUCUAUCUUAUGAUCGAUCAAAAUUUUCUGUUAGUGUCUGGUAGGUGGAUGAGUUAAGGCGACACUAGCAUUCUCACAAGCGAUUUCGUUUUAGGCAGUUGGAUUGAGGUAUAUGCAUCUUGUCCAGCGUUGUUUAGAAAAAAAGUUAGGCAAAAUAUAGCAAGUUUUACAUAAACGUUACAUGAUCGAAAUGCACCAUCGGCUAUAAUCGGAUGUCGUGGAUGAUUCGGUCAAUUAUAAUUUGCACUUAGAUUCCUUGAGUUAGGCUGCGUCACAGCUCAGGUCAUACAUGUUUCUUUGAAGACUACAUGUUCUCGACAGAACGGAAAGCUAUUGGUUUUUGUGCGGAUAGAAUUUAAGCCUUUUUUACGUGGUGCACGUUGUGAAGUAAUUGCUUUGAGUCUCUUGUGAGCUGGUUUAACCGUUUAUGUUA